AUGGUCUAUGUCCGUCCAUUUUCACAAGACACGGUCACUAGUGAUGUGCCGAGUAAGAACACGGAGGUCCACAUCGAGUGGUCGGUAAAGACGCGAGGCGUUGUAACUCGUGACCCAAUUUCACAGCUGCUGGUUUCAGCGGCGCGGGAAGCCGCGGGGGGCGAAGCCCGGGGCGGGGCGGCGGCGGCGUGUCAAUGCCGUACGUUGACUCCAAGCAUCGACGCGGCCUCCGCCUUACAUAACCAUCGACAAUGA